GUCCCGAAACUUCCCCCACCCUCCCUGCCCUGUUUAGCUCUGUGGGGGUACAUUUUACAGACCCCAGCAGAGACACUGGGAUUGUGACAUCCUGCAUAAGGAGUUGUCAAUCACCUCUGAACCAAGAACCAAGGAAACCCAUCUAGAAAGCACUCUUUUCGUCUGGAACCAAAGUGCAAAGUAAAGGCCAUAAAAUGGCAUCCCAGAUCCCAGCGCUCCCACAGUCCUAUGCUCCAGGGAAUGACAGCGUCUUUUCGGACCAAUCUGGCUUCUACUCUCUUGACUCCAACGUUCCUGGGCUCUCUAAGGUGAUUCUCAACAACCUCAACAUGCAGGACUACGGACAAUACAGGGCCGCUGUCGAAGGAAAGACUAAAGGAAUCUCAUUCCGCAACUACAAGGAGAUGUUCCAGAAGAUGGAGGAGACCUUUAAAUUCUGCACCGGCUGCAACAAACUCUCAGAGCAUCUCACUGAGGGACAGAGCCUCAAGCGUUGCGUCAAGUGCUUGAACGUGUACUACUGCUCCAAGGAUUGUCAGAAAAAGGACUGGCCUCUGCACAAAAAGGUCUGCAAGAAGCUGCGUCUAGUGGCCAUUGACAGGCUUGUGGAGUGGCUGAUGUUCACUGGCAACCUUCCAUUCCCUAAUAAGAAGUGGUGUAAGUCAGCUGCUGAGGUGAAGAACUGGGAGGACUGGCUUUCCAUGCAGGGGGACCUCACACCGUGUCUGAACACCAUCUUGUCUGGUGGCAACAUGGCAACUCUUUGGAAGAACGCCUGCAGACCGCGGCCGGAUGACGAGGACCUGCGACAGUCUUUAUGGCGGAUUCAGAGCGAGUUCCUCUCUCGAGUUCUCACAGUUGGCAUGGCCGUACAGCACUACAGCCUUGACCCGUAUGCUAAACCCCUCACUAUUCACCUAGCGGGCGCAUCCCACAAUGAAUCCAUGGGAGCCAGACUGACCGACUACGAUGAGCUGAACAACAUGUUCCCUGGACACCAAGGCAUAGAAGUAGUCAUGGUGGGACCGGAGGUGGUGGAAGGCCCCAUCAUGAGGCCUCCACUCAGGGCGUUUGGCCCCAGACAGAGGGUCUACAUCAGCGCCUAUAAGGGUCUUUACCACCAGUUCUGGGAGGAGCUGGUGGAGAAAGGGGAAGCAGCCAAGCCAGACCUGGUGGUUGGAUUUCAUCCUGGGUUCCACGCUAACCAGGGUCUGAUAGAGGGUUGGCUGCCCACCCUUCUGUUGCUCAGAGACUAUAACAUCCCCUCCUUCUUCACCAUGUUCAGUGAGAUGGAGCUCAAGUACUCCCUGCAGAUCCUCCUCGAGUUGGAGAUGCACAUCAGGGACAGUGGACCCAAUCCAUUCACCUCACAGAAGCCAGAACAGGUCCAGGCCUCCCCCAACAAAACGCCAGUCUACUGCAACUCUCACUACAUCUGUUUCCAAGGAUUGCUGCAACGAGAAGACUUUGAGGAGCCCGGUCCAGACAAUUAGAAGGCCAUUAUGAGGAUUAUCAAAGCCUGUUUGGAGUGCCACAAGUCCUGCCCUUUAAAGAUGCGGGUUUCAAAAUAGGGUUGGGGAUUUCCGGAGAUCCUUGAGGGGCUUUCUGCAACCUUUCAGAAAUGGACAAUUCUCAAUCAUGCUGCCGCUGGACACUGAAGCUUACACAGGGAACACACAUCUUUAUUGCUUUUAAGAAGACACAUUCACUGCUGCAAUAGGCUGCUAAACACUGCUCUUUGAAUCUUUUAAUUAUUAAUUAACAAGGCAGAUUACAGAAAUCACUCAGAGUUCCGCUUAAGGCUCAUUUUGUUGGAUGACGGCACCUAAGGGCACCAGCAGGGCUCAGAGGUUUGUCAGUGCCGUGAGGUGACACGGGUGUUGGAUAUAAAGGCUCAUGGGUGUACACAUGUAAUGAGACCAAAAUGAGUUCACUCAUCAUUUGAUGGUCGCCUAAUUUGUUCUGCAGCUAGACCUAUUCCCAGAUCACACAAUAGCUGCAUCAAAUUGGAUCACAUGAAUACUAAUUUAACACAUGAUUUAAAAUGAAAUCUAAAUAAAUGAUGGAGUGACACAA